AUGUCGUCGACGGCAUCCAACAAUAAAGAAUCCUUUGAAGAUUUCUAUUCAGAGGUUAAAGAAAUUGAGAAAAGAGAUUCUGUUUUAACUCCUAAACAACAAAUAGAAAGGUUGCUUAGGCCUGGGUCUACUUAUUUUAAUUUGAAUCCAUUUGAAGUUCUACAAGUGGAUCCAGAAGCUAAUCUAGAUGAAAUUAAGAAGAAAUACAGAAGACUGUCCAUUCUAGUACAUCCAGAUAAAAACAUCGAUGAUUCGGAAAGGGCUCAACAGGCGUUUGAGAUAAUAAACCGGGCUUGGAAAACGCUGGAAAAUGAGGAUACAAGGAAAAAGUGUCUCGAUAUAUACCAGGAGGCUAAAGAACGCACUGACCAUAUGAUAGAACAAAAACGUAAGAAGCUAAAAAAGGAUGGCCGAUUAGCAGAAGGAAUACCAGAAGACGAUCCCGACAAAUUCAAACAUUCAGUUUAUGUCAUGACCAUGAAGCUGUUUGCAGACAUGGAACGUAAACGCCAACAUCUUGAAACAAGAGAUAUGGAAGAAAGGAAACGUAAGAGGGAGGCUGAGAUAGAACAAGAGGAACAGAUGUCACUUGAAAAGGAAUGGGCCAAAAACUUUGAAGAAUCAAGACAGAAUCGAGUAGAUAGUUGGAAGAACUUCCAAUCUGGUAGCGGGAAAGAAAAGAAAAAGAAGAAAAUAAUGGGCUUUAAACCACCGAAACCCAAACCGGAGAGUAGAUAA